UGGUAGACCCACCGGAAGGGGCGGCUCUACGGGAAGGGGCAGCCAGGGGCGCUGGUGGCCCCUCCCUGGAAGUCCAGCGCGCUCGAUGUUGCCCGCGGACACCGCGCGCCGGCUGGUGGCCGAGCUGCAGGGCGCCCUCGACGCCUGCGCAGAACGACAGCGGCAGCUAGAUCGGAGCCUCAGCAUCUCCCGAAGGCUGCUGCAGGCCUGGGAACCAGCUGGGACCCUGGCUCCUGAGCCAUCUCCAAGACCGGAAAAUAAGGAAGAGGACCUGACUUCAGCUUACACACCAAGCACCCAGGACCUCAAGGAGCUGGAACUUCUGACCCAGGCACUGGAGAAGGCAGUACGGAUUCGGAAAGGCAUCUCUAAGACUGGAGAAAGAGACAGAACUCCACGCCUGAAAUCUAGGCCCAUUUCGGUCUCUUCUGGCGCCACUGCAUCAGUUCCACCCCAGGCCUCAAGCCGGGCUGGCAGCCGUGCCUCAGGAGCAAGACCUACCAAGGGCAUCCACCAGUCUAGGGUGCUUGACAAGGACCAACCUGAGCAUAGGUUUCUGUCAGUGGGAGAUAGUUCCCAUAUGGCAAUAGAAGCCCAGGCCACUAGCUGUGGGCCAGGCCUCAGGCAUGAACAAAUGGUCCAAUCAGCUGCUCCUCAGAUGGCGGAAACUUUCACACUCAAGGAGAAAGGGACCCUGCUGCAACUGCCUGUGAACUUCAGGAAGGUGGCUUCCCAGAACUCCCGUCUAUGGGCCCAACUUAACUCAACGCAGACCAGUGACUCCACAGAUGCCACCAGCACUGCCAAAGCCCAGUUUCUGCAGAAGCUGCAGGGGACUUCAGGCUGGCCUGGCCCCAGGCUCAGUGCCAUGGAGAUAGAGGUGGAGGCUCAGCGCUUGCGGAAGGCCUGUGUGCUGCUGAGGCUGCGCAUGCAGCAGGAGCUCUCCUCAGCCCCCGCUGACUGGAUGCAGGAGUACAGCUGCCUGCUCAUCCUGGAAGGGCUGCAGGCCAUCGUUGGGCAGUAUCUUCAGAGACUGCAGGUGCUGCGUGCAGCUGUAAGGGAACAGCUGCCAGGACCAUGUCUUGUGGAGAGGCCCCCCCAGGCUUCAUCACCCUGUGGAGGUGGAGUGGACCCCUCCUGGAGCCCCCAGCUCCUCCUCUACUCCAGCACCCAGGAACUACAGACCCUGGCAACCUUGAAGCUGCGGGUGGCCAUGCUGGACCAGCAGAUCCACCUGGAAAAGGUCCUAAUGGCUGAACUCCUCCCCCUGGUGAGCACCCAGGAGCCACAGGGUCUGGCACUAUACCGAGCUGUACACAGUCUGCUCUGCGAGGGAGGCGAGCGCUUCCUCACCAUCCUGCGAGAUGACCCUGCUUACUGAAUCCAUCCCUGGGCUAUCCAGAGCCCGCCGACUCAGGCCUCAGGACCCUGGAGCAGGCAGGCCUCUUAGGGAAAGUCCCCUUCUCCUGGAGGGGUGAAGUGAACAGGUAUUGAAGAUAAUUUUCCUGGUUUGGUGGAUCUGGGGGCCCAGAGACACCUAUACCUUGCCAGGAAAUCUGGGAUUUUUGCCAGGGGCCUAGUAGAGCCUUUCUUAACUACGUCUUUUCUCUUGCUGUAGAUCUAAAAAUCUCCUGUGUGAUAUUAAAACUGCUUUAGGAAGUGCAUACAUUUAAAUCUAAGGUGGGACGUGU